GUUACUGGCCACAUGGCAGUUUCUGACAUUAAACAAAAAUUUAAGCUGGAUCCUCUAACAAAAGUACCCAGCUCACAUGGCAAGAGGGAUAAAGAUUUACCAGGAUCUCUCCCAUGCCAAUUAGGGCGCAAAGAAAGGAAGUUGAGAGCUUCACAAAUUCAAGCCUUCCAAGAUGCCUACAACUUCUUUACCAAGGAUAAAGCCGGCUGUAUUGAUUUUCAUGGAAUGAUGUGCACUUUAGCUAAGGUGGGAAUGCAUCUAACCAAGCAUGAUGUCUAUAAUGAAUUAAAAUAUGCUGAUAUUGACCGAGAUGGGAAAGUGAAUUUCUCAGACUUUAUAAAGGUGCUAACAGAUAAGGACCACUUCCUUAGAGCUGUGGUUCCAGAAAAAGACAAGUGUUUAGAUUUUGCUGGCAACCCAGGGAUCCUGUUGUUUGAAAUUCUAUCAAAGCUUGUAGAGAUUUCAGCCUUACCCAGAAAGGCUAUAAUAGAAUUCGUAAGCUAUUUCCAAAGAAAAUUCCAAGAAACCACUGCAGGAAUAUUGUGGAAUCCCUCCCCUACAGAUUAUGGAAAAAGGAGAUUUAAGCCAGACAUGUGCACACCUCUGACCUCAAGCACAACUGCCUUUGCUAAUGCUACUCGGAUUGCAAUAAUGAAAGAAAAGGAUUUAUGCAGAUAUCUUGAGGAGCUCAGGAGAUGCAAUCCUCCUUCAGACAAUCCAUAUUCAAAAAUACCCAUCUUUCCGUUGUUUCCUAAUGUGGAUGGGCUGGUAAUGGGAAAGCCAUUCAAAGACAUGCAUAAAUUAGAAAUGCUUAGGAGAAAGGAGCCUCUGAGUUUCUUUGAUAACUACUUUUUCCAUAAAAGAGAUUGGAAAACACAGGCAGCAAAUAUAAAGCCUGUCGUCUCCUCCGGCUACCCGACUGAGAUCCUCUCCAUUGACCAAAUGGUAAAGAAAAAGCAGAAAUGGACAGUGACUGAGGCAGCUGCUCUUAAACCGCAUGUGAAGAGAGCUAGAGAAACCUGUAACUUAGGAAUUGCUCCUGAGCACCGGAAAGAAAUGCUAAAUUUCUGGCAUAAGAUCCAAGGGGAUUUGGUUGGAGUAGACGCUAAAAAUGAGUCCUUUUAUGAAACCUUUUCUACUUAUACAUGGUCUUGGAAUGUUUGCCAAGAAUUACUUUCCCCAAAGGACUUAAGGUUAUAUGAUGCUUGCAUGAAUAGAAAUUCCCUCUACAAUUCUUCAGUCUCUUCCUCUUCGGAUACCAGUGAACGUGACAGAGAAACAAGAAGAAAAAGAAAACAGAAAGGUUUCAAAGGGUUUCGACAAUGA